AUGGCGUCCCAGUCCAUCGAAAGCCACCGUGCCGGUGCAGCAGUUGUCACUGGAGAUGCUGCAUGCAGGAAGAAGUCUGUUGAGCUGCUGGAGGAGCUAGGCCUCCCCAAGGGCCUCCUUCCAAUGGAGGACAUCCAGGAGUUCGGGUACAACCGCAACACAGGAUUCUUUUGGCUGGUGCAGGGGAAGAAGAAGGUGGAGCACACCUUCAAGAAGAUCAAGCAGACCGUGUCGUACGCAGCCGAGGUGACGGCAUUCGCCGAGAAAGGCAAGCUGAGGAAGAUCAAUGGCGUGAAGACCAAAGAGCUGAUGCUCUGGUUCAGCGUCGUUGAGGUCUAUGUCCCGGAGGACUCGCCAGAGAAGGUCACCUUCAAGACUGGCACUGGCCUCUACGACAGCUUUGAUGCUGCUGCCUUUGCUCUUGGAGAGUAA